UUGAACGAGAUUAUAGAACUCGAUGCCGCAGCAGGUGGAUCUGCUUUCCAGCUUGUUUAAUUUUUCCCCCCUACAUGCAUGCCCACAGUACAUACCACUAAACUCUAAAUAAAUAUUUAAUCAAUUCAGGGUAUUAGUAGUAACUGGGUGUAAUACAUAACGGAUUUCUGACCUUAUACGACGCUCUUUUUCUUUUUCUUGAUGAAACCAUCUUCACAGUAAGUACAUCCGCAUCAAAGCCGAAAAUAGAAAUCACCUCUUGAGUCUUUACCAUCGCCACAUUAUUUUCCGAACCGGCAGCGACAAUUUUCUUGGCUUCGGUAGCUGGUAUGGCCGUAUUCUAUGCAUAUAAAGGGCGACUCAAAUAAUUUCUAGGCGUCCUUGCAUGGAUUCAGGCAGUACUCCUCCCUUGAGCCCCCCCUUGCAAAAUUCAUCGUCUCUGCGAGACCAAGAACCGGAUGAUAUCGAGAAUCUGUUGAAAUGGGCGGAAGCUCGCAGGGCACGGAAGCUUAGAGGAGAGUACGAAUCAGCUGUGCUGCAUCUAUCAGAGCUGAUAAACAACAACCUCUUAACGCCGUUGCGCAUACAUUCAGUACGCGUUGAAGGGGCUGAAAACACUAGAAAUUCGUUCAUAGGAUUUUUGGUGAAGCCCUUGGUACCGACGGCGGAGGGUAGCAAUGUCGAAGAGGUUCUCCACGCAACGCGCCGAAUUUCGGAUGUCCUGCAGCGGGCAGAUAUCUUUGAGUCAGUAGAUACACGACUUGAGCGUGCGAGAGACGUAUUAGCGAGUCCAAGGGACGUCGACGUAGUCAUCAAAGCGAAGGAAAAAGGCCGUUUUUUCGUAAAGUCCGCUACGGUGUUUGGGAACAACGAAGGCAGCGCGAGCAUCACUGCGCGUGUUCGGAAUGUUUUUGGAGGCGCGGAAAUGUUUGAAGCGAAUGUUUCUACUGGAACGACAACGAGGCAGUCUUACCAUGGAACAUUGUCAGCGCCAAUAACGCCAGAUUUGGAUACACGAGCAGAGCUUGCUGUAUUUGCGAUGCAGCGUGAUAAUACAAGUUUCGCUAGUUGCUGGGAGUCUCUUCAGGGCCUCAAAGCUAUUCUCAGGAAUGGGACUCCAACUACGGGGAUACAUGAAUUAGCAUAUGAAGGAGUGUUAAGGAAUAUCGGAGGGCUGACGCCGACCGCGUCCAUGAGUAUCCGGCAAGCUGCAGGUGCAACAUCCAAGUCGUCUGUGUCUUACGCGUACACGCUGGAUACCCGAGACGAUAGGAUUAGUGCUUCACGAGGUCUAUACGCGAAGCUUUACCAGGAAGUGGCAGGCUUGGGUGGCGACGCGUCAUUCUACAAGGCGGAAGCAGAGACACAAGUUUCUCGCUCGCUUCUGUCAGGAGUGUCCGCCUCUUUGGCCCUCCGCUCGGGGUUGAUGUUUGGUAUUUCGCGGCCAACUUUGUUCUCUGACCGGUUCCAACUUGGGGGACCGAUGUCUGUUCGCGCCUUUAAGCCCAAUGGUCUUGGUCCGAGAGAUGGUCAAGAUUCGUUGGGAGGCGACAUGUAUUGGUCUGCCGGAGUCAGCGUUGUAUCAAAUUUACCUUUGAAGCCAGAUUGGCCACUCAAAACGCACGCAUGGAUAAAUGCUGGGCGAUUAGACAACAUGGAUAGAUCUCGCUCGGUGAUUGAGAACGUGAAAGACGUGAUAACGCGACCAUCUGUCUCAGCGGGGGCUGGACUCAUUUAUCGGUUUGAUCCCGUAAGGGUGGAGGUCAAUUUUGGACUACCUCUGGUGGCAAAUAAAAGUGAUGGCCUCAGGAGAGGUAUCCAGGUUGGGAUUGGACUUGAAUUUUUAUAGGUUAAAUUUAUGAUGAUACAUUUUGACCAUUUCCGACGACAUCGUCGAGUUUUCGCUCCCGCCAUUGCCGAUCUCAACUGUCAGCAUCAAGUUUCGCCACAUAUAUACCUUGGCGCCACUUACGAUAAUCCGAUGGAAUUUUUCGCUCUUUAGUAU